CUGUGGCCCCCCGCCGCACCCCUUGCCUCGCCGCACUUCUUCUCUGCCACACAUCGCCGCCACAUCAGCCCAUUAGAUUAUUACAUGGAUAGUCCAGAAAUGGUAAACUACUACACACUGGCACAACAGAAAAAUGUGCCGUCGCGCGCGGCCCGACUGGAAACCCUGGAGCCCGACAGCGAGGUGGAGCUGGUGCCCGGCGUGCAGCCCCCCCAGCAGCCUCUGCAGCCACCGCAGCCUCCCGUUGCGGGCAACAUCCCCGGCCUGAUCCCCGGGCAGCGGGUGUUCAUAGUGCACAUGCCGGUGCCAGGCUACAGGCCGGGCACGAUCGGCGGCUACCAGCCCGUGUACAUCGUGGCCGCCGCGCCGCAGGGACACUACGCCGGGGGGUACCAGAACACGCUGCUGGUCGACCCCUCGCUGCAGGUGAUGUCCCCGCUGCAGCUGCGCGCCGCACCCCCCGCGCCCGUCGCAUCCGCCGCGCCCGCCGCGCCCGUCGCACAGCCCGAGCCCCCCAUACUGCUCGGCACGCCCCUCGGCUACAACUCCGUCAACUUUGUCUACAACCCAAAAAACUACAGGGGCGUGGGCAGCUUGCCGGGCCUAGCGGAGCAGGCGCGCUCGUCCGCCGGCCCGCCGCCGCCCGCCGUCAACGCUCCAGAUAAAGACACAGUGUCAGGGACGGAGACGAGGCGGGCAGGGCACAGAACAGGACACAGGGUAGGGCACAAGGCAGGGCACGAGGCGGAGCACGACGCGGGCCGUGAGUCGGCCAGCGAGGAGACCAGAGAGAGCCUGGAGGACACUCGCCACGUAGCCGAGGACGCCAGCAUAGCGCACGAGCGGCACCACUCCUCCGACGAGACCCUGCUACAUGAAGACAUGCCACCAUUGAAGCUGCGACACAAGCAUCCCAAGCCCGCCGCCGACAGCGAGGAGACCAAAGAUGCCAGUGUCGAGGAGACAAAGAGCAUCAAUACGACUUCAGUCCUGCGAUAUGACGGCAGCAAAAAUAUAGCGGAGGGCAGUCGCGGCGGCGGGGACGCGGUGCAGCUGUACCUGAUGACGACGCAGCAGCGCACCGGCGCCGGCGCCGCGCGCAACGCCACCGAACAGUCAGUGCAGCCAGUGCAGGCGGUACAGCUUGUGCAGCCGGUGCAGCUGGUGCAGCCCGUGCAGCCGGUGCAAUUGGUGCAGCCGGUACAGCUGAUGCACUCGGUGGCGGCGACGACCUCAUCCAAGCCAAUACUGUCAGCAAAGACCGGCAGACCGCUCCACCUUGACGAGCCCGACGUGCAGACGGAACAGACCGAGAGCGAGGAGAGCACCGAGAGCACAGAGGACGAAUCCGGCGCCGAAUUCACCACCGCCCACAACUCUGCCGACGCUUCGGGAGAGACAGCGAGGUUGCUGUCGGGUGAGGACCUCGAAGCCCAGCGAGAAGUGCUGCGCCAACAGCUGCGGCACAUGAUUGAUCGAAUCAGAGAGCAGCAACGAGUCCAGCAUAGAGGCGACGAGAGCAGUCUCGGAGGCAGCAAACGGCGGCGCGUGGCCAAGGGCGGCGAGCGCGCGGGCCGGCCGGCGCGGCGGCGGCAGGACCCCACGCCCUGCACGCGCCACCACGCCGCGCGCCUGCAGCCCGCCGCCAGCCUCGCGCACCUCUACGCCGGGUAGCGGCGCUCUCCGCACCCGCCUCGCCGCCCUUACAUACAAUACAACUUGGAAACGCUGCGCAAUUUCUACUUACAAUAAUUUCGUACACUCACUCUUACUUAAUUCGAGAUCACAAUCUUUUUAAAUUUUCACAAUAAUUUCUAGUGUUCGAUUACGAACAUGGUGGAUUCUGGUAGACAUUCCUUUUAUAGUUCUGCCAUGUUUUAUGGAACAGCUAUCUUCAAUACUCAUUUAUAUAAUUGCAAAUUGACUUUCAAAUGAUUUCUCUUGCAAACUGUUAUCACCGAUUCCCCCCUUUCAACAUUUUUAUAAAUUGUUACGGCAAUGUUAGAGCAUGGCCGGUUGCAAGGUCUAAUCUAUUGCUAUGUCAAAAUUUAUCAUAAUUGUCUUUUAAUUAUUUCCGAGUGAAGCGUGAACAACAAAAAUCGUUAUCGUUUAAUUUAUGAUGAUAAACUACUUUCGUGAUGUGAUUCAUGAUUCCGCUGACUUUGCCAUAAAACCACUGUUGAGUUCUGAUUGCAUUUGGCGAAUCUGCCGCGCUAACAGCUGACAGCUGACAGUAGACAGUGGUGACAACUGUAAGGCCUGUAUGUUUGCAGCUUAUGGCCGGUGGGUGUAAAAAGACUUUCAGGUUGACGUGUCUGCUGCCCAGAGAGGUGCCUCCUAUAUUUUAUGUCUUGUAUAAAAGUGGAGUUAAAUAGAAUACAAUAGUUUUGGUGCCAUGUAUGAAAUUAGAUCGCGA